UGCUUACAUCAGUUUGGCAGUUGGCCCUGUAUGCUAGCCUUGCAGAGAUUGUGCUUCUGUCUGGGAUGCUAUGGGACACCAGCUAUAGACACGCAUCAUGUGGCAGUGAGAAGCUGGUGAUACCAAAGGCUGCCUUCUGUGGUGUCCUGCCUUCUUUCUUACACUCUCACUGCCUUAAAUCUAAAUUCCCCAUGGCAUCUACAAAUUGCCAUCUCGCCGGUGGUGAGUGCUCCCAGCCCUGUGGAAAGCAGGACACACAGCAGCACACAGAUCUCCUCCCCAGAGUUCUCAUUUCCACUGCCGUUUUUGAGAAGGAAGACAACCCUGAAAAUGCUUCAUCUGCUCCCGACAACGUGACCGAGCCUACAUCAGCUCUUGAUGAGAUGAUGGAGCCACCAUCUACCCCAAACGAUGUGACAGACCCACCUGACCUCAAAGAUGAAGAUGUGCCCAUGAGGACAAAGCCACAGGUGGAACUGGACAAUCCACAUCCUGGUCUGGCCACCAUGGAGGGUGAGAUGGACAGCUGGGUUCAAAUAGAGCAGAGAAGCACCAAGCAGGCACACGCCUUGACAACCCAGCUGGAGAAGAUGCGCCUCGAGAUGGAGCUCACCAUGACCAGAUUCCGAUACGAAGAAAAGGAGAAGCAGCGGCAGCACGAGGAGAAGAUGGAAGAGAUGCGGGUGCAGACACCAUCCACGCAGCCUCCUGGAGGAAGCCAUCACCUCCUCUUACCUCAGGACCAGUUCACCUUGUUCCUGUACUGCUUCAUCUUCAUACAUAUAAUCUAUAUAGCACGGGAGCUGAUAUUCUUUUUCAUUAAGAAGCAUGAGAUGUUCGCCAUUGGUGCCAUCAUCAUGUGUGCAAUUAAAACAUUCUGGAAGUAGGAGCUUUCGCAAGUGAGGUUCCCAUCCCCAAGGCCCUGUGAUGGUCGAACGCAGCAUUGGAUGCUGGUAUCAUAGCACUUCGUAGGUUUUAUUGACUAUACCCUCCUUUUCACCUUCCUAUUCCCUGAUGCCUACAAAGAAAUUGUAAACAAGCCCUCCCCAGUUCCUCCAAUCCUGCUCCCCUCCACAAAAGAAUAAAACAUGUAAAUGAAACACACUGAUGUACACUUAACUGAGUUUGAAUAAAUUAUUUCAAUAACAAGAGUUAGA